AUGGAAGAGCUAAAAGAUGAGGCUUCGUGCAGUGGGGACAACCUUUCUCUGCCGUUAGCGGGAACUGAGGCACAGCCUGCGUCAGCUACCCCAGCCCUACCACCCUCGCUUCUUAGCACCCUAGACCCAACUCUCCUGGGACUCCCUGAGCAACUGGCCUCUGUGACUGUCCCCAUCCGCCUGGACACUCUGUCUUACCUCCUACACACUGCCCUGCUGGGGACCUACAAGUUCCAACAGUCCCUACCCCGUUGCUCCUGCUCUGCGCAGCCAUACCACAACUCACCAGACACAGCCAGGAGACCUCCCAGGAAAUGGAACCAGGCCUCUGGGGGCUGGGAGGUUCAGCGCAGGCCUUCCAGGGGCAGGGGCGGGGGCCGGGGCCGGGGCCAGUCCCGAUGGUGUCCUGGGAGAGCCAGAGAGUUUGAGAGGAGCAUGGCAGAAGGCCCUGGGGCUGGCCCCAAGACCCAACCAGUGACACCACUAUCCCAGGAUGGGCAGAAGGAAGCUGGAGCCCUGGAACCAUCCCCACCUCCAGCGCCUUUGUCUGAGGACUGGGAGACAGACUACUAG